ACACAAACUGUCGUAAAAUGUGAGCUCAGAGCAGAAAGAGGGAUGCACAGCACCGAGCACGGCUGAGAGUUUGUAUUUGUUUUCGCUUGUUUCUGUCAGAAUGUGUCGGUAGUUCUGCUCGGUUCUGGCCCUCAAUUUCUAUCGUCAAGAUGGAGGCCAUGGAGGACGACAGCUCGGAGGUUAAAGACGACCACAACCACAACUACUGCGGUGGUAAAGUCAGGGCGGCGCUUAGCAGCCAGGUACCGGAUGGAGUAGGAGCCCCUGAGCCCGUCUGUCCAACGGUACCGGGGGGAGAACCGGCGAAGCGGCAGACGAAACCGUGGUCCUGUAGUCCCCGCGGGUCAAAGUUCAUGGACUCGGACACAGGCAGUGAGAGCAGCGAAAUUAGCGAGCCGGACUGCUCGGCUGCUAGCACCGAGGACAAAUUCAGACUCGACUCCACUUCCAAGUUUCUGUUGAAUGCGAUGGCAGUAGAAGACUACCGGAAAAACCACUGGCCCAACCUGGAGGAGGCGAUAGACCGCCUGCUGAUCCAGAACUUCUCGGACCACAUUUCGGUCUCCUACGCUCAGAUCUACGGCUACGUCUACAAGUGUGUUUGCCAGCAGCACUCUGAGCUGCUCUACAGCGACCUGACCUCCAAGAUUUCAGCUCACCUGCAGCAAGUUUCCACACAACUACAGGCCAGCCCAACUGAAAACCUGAUUGAAAACUUCAACAUCGCUCUGACUCAGUACUUAGCGUCUCUUCAGUGUAUCGUUCCAGUGUUUAUAUACUUGAACAAGUUUUAUAUUGAGUCGAAACUGAACCGAGACCUGAAAGAGGAUCUGAUGAAGCUGUUUGCAGACCAUGUUGCAGAAGAACAUCUAAGCAAGUUGAUGCCUCUGCUCAUUAAAGCUCACUCCAUGCCGUUCCAAGUGCAGCCGUCGACGAUGGCCAGCGUGGUGAAAGGCCUCCACAGCCUGCGACCAGAGUGGGCCAAGCUCGCUCCGGCCCUCUUCUCCAGCUUCAUCCCACAGAUCCACCCCCCCGCCAUGGAGUCGCAGCUGCCCGAUUACGCCGACUGCGACCGGAAGCUGCAGAUGGAGCUCUCCAUGAACGGCUUUCCACGGGGCGACCAAUCCCGCAAACGUGCCAGCGAAGACUCCUGAUGGCGCCGGCUCUGUUGCAGAACUCUACUGUGCCUCCUACAAAUUGAGCCCACUCGCUGCUCUAAAUACACACUCAACAUUGCCUCACGUUCGUCUCUGUUGACGCGACGCCACAAAAACAUUGUGAACGACACAACGACCGCAACCUUUUUCAUUUUGAUGCAAGGGAGGGAAAAUCGACACUCUCAGACUUCCAUACACGUUCUUCCCUCUCUGAUUCCAGCUGCUGUGAUUUGCGUCUGCAGCUGGAAAUCCUGUGAAUGUUUGAUACAUAAGGGGCUAAUAAACACUUUCUAGUUGCUGCUAACCAUAAUCUUUGUGUUUAAAUCCCACAAAUCGCUUGUUACAGAAAAAAAAACAAACGUAAGACCUCUGUUGCAAUUCUCUACUUUUACGUUGCCUUUAACGCAUAACUAAUAAAAUAAAACGUUUGCCAAAGAGGAGCGGAAGAUAUUUAACUUUUAUAUGUGAUGCUUUUCAUUCAGGCUGCUUCCUCCCUUUAACGUUUGCACCGAUCAGCCAUUACCAGUGCAUCUUCACAUCAGCUGUUAACUUAUUUCUGUAAUGUAAGAUAAAAGUUGUAAAUUAUAUUGAUUUGCUAAUUACAGAAUGAUGGAUGUAAAGAGUUUAAUUCUGUUGAUUUAAUGAAAACUUCAAAUUAGGUUUUUUUGAAAAUUACAGCUAUUUUUUUAAACUCUCUCCUGCAACACUUUUUUUCCUUCCACUAAACUUUCUGUUGAAUGCAGCAGCUUCUUUUAUGCUCCUUCACUACAAAACCCCAAAUUUUACUCAGGAUUUCUGGUCUAUUCAUUGUAAAUGUCUUGUAUUACACAAGACAAAACUAACUUAAGUUACUUUUCAGCAGGAAAUUGGAGCUUUUUUAAAAUUAAUAAUCCAUACAGAAAAAAGAGAAUUAUGACUUUAAUCUCAAAAUUGUGACUUUUUUUGCUCCAAAUUCCAACUCCAAAGAUUAAAGUCUGAAUUCUCUUUUUCUUUUGUGGCCCUAAUCGUCUUCCAUACCAUCCAGACUAACAUCUUUUUUCCUUUUUUAUUUUAUUUUUUUGUCUCUCUGCUCUGCUUUUAGCCUUACAUGCACAAUUUGCAGAUUUUUUCCAGAAAGUGCCAGAAAUCCUUGUGAACCUUUUGAUAUCCCAGAUUCUAUUUCUUCAUGGAUCUGAUGAGUCUUUAUGCAAACGUUAAGAUGUAAAGCUUGUUUAUAAUGUAUAUAGUUUGCCACUGCUGCAUUUUCCUCUAAUAAUCUGAUGAGUAUUUUGAUACAAGCUCUUACACUGUUUUAAGUGUAAAUAGACGCUCUAGUUUUCUCUUUCUGUCUUGUUUUUCUCUAAAACUUUUUGAUGAAGUAGAGAAAGAGUAAAGUUUCAACACUGGAUGUAAACUGUUAUAGUUUUCCUCCAACAGAAUGAGAAACAGUUUGUGUUUGUGGAAAAUGUUUACAGAGAAACCGACCUGGACGGGAAAAUUCUCGUCUAGUUUCAGGAGGAAAACAAUGUUUGAGUUUCCAGAUUUUUUUUUUUCUCUCAGCUCUGUUUUUACACGAUAAAUUAAUUUCUGAUGAUCCAGAUUGUUUGCUUUUCUCUGCCAGAUUUUUAAUAAAAGAUGCACAAA